AUGGCUACCGACUACGGCAAGAAGACCAACGCUGAUUUGGUCGAGAUCCUCAAGUCGCGCUCGCUUGCGCACACCGGAAAGAAGGCGGAUCUGGUCGCGCGCCUCCAAGAGGAUGAUGCGAAGAACACCGCCGCUCCCGCGGAGACAAAGGCGGACACCGCCGCCGAAGAUGUGAUCGACUGGGAUGACGAUGUUCCCGCCGAAGCCGCGAAUGCAACGACCGAAGCUGGUGCGACUGCCAUUGCUGCUGGCGGCAAGGGCGCCGUCGCCAACCCCGUCGCCGUCCCGAACCAAAAGCUGGAUAUUGAUCCUGCCGCAACAGACGACCUGAAGGUGGAAUCGACCGGCGCGACCGAUGCUGCCCAGCCCGAAGCUGCAGUCGAAGAAGAGAAGAAGCCUGCGGUGGAUUAUACCCGAGGUCUUCCCGCUACAGAGCUUGAGGAGGAACUGAAGAAGCGCAAGGCGCGCGCCGAGAAAUUCGGCAUCGUCGAGGACCACGAGACGGCCGUCAAGGAGGCCGAGAAGCAGCUGUCCCGCGCAAAGCGCUUCGGUACUGGAGCCGAGGCGGAGAGUGGUUCCACUGUGGGUGUCCACGGCCUUGACCAGGCUCUUCCUGACGAAAAGUCCCGCAAGAGAGGUCCAAAGGACCAGGGGGGACGUGGAGACAAGCGACGGGAUAUGGGUCGCAACCGCAACCGCAACCGCAACGGUCGUGCAGAUGGACGUGGAGAUGGGCGUGGAAAUGGAGUACAGAAGCGGACCGGUGGUGGCAAUGCUGCUUCGGGCCGGCCUAAAUCGAACUGGAGUGAGAAGGAAAGUGCAGCAAUGGAGGCUCGCAAGAAGCGAUUUGCACAGGCAGCUUGA